UCUACACUAGCUAGGGGGCUAAUGGACAGAGCAUGUCAACACGCCACGCUGGGCUAAAAAUACGCUGUCAAAGACGUUUUUAUUUUGGAAGCUGUUAGAGGACAUUACCGAACGAGCGUUAAUCUGUGUUCGUUCAACAUUUUGUUGUAUGUCAGCGUUUAUUCACGUUAAUCCUCCGGGCGUUAGCAUCUUUGCUAGCUUGAACGUUCACUAGCUAGUAGGCUGACUUGAUGAGAAACAAUAGUGGCGGUUACCAACGCAACUUAGUUUAUAUCGUUACCUAUGGCUUUCUAUGAAGUCUAUUCUCAUCCGGCUUUGAUUCGGUACAAAACCAGUGUUUGCACUAAAGCCACUCUGUUCCUCGCUGUUGUUUUGUGCCUUACUUACAUCCCACCUCUGCUGGUUGCUUACAGGAGCCAAGGUUUCUGGAUUAAAAGAAGCACCUAUGAGGAACAGGCGGUUGUGAGGUUCCAGUACGAGACUCUGCUGGUGGCAGCAACCAGUACUCAGGGAGACUAUGUCGCCUGGAGCACCUUCCCCCACCUGAACAACAUGCUUGGAGCCAACCUCCGGAUCCCCGCUGUCUCUGUGAGAGAAGAGGACCAGAACCAGGACGGGAAGCUGGACCUCUUGAGUUUUCAGCUGCAGCUACCUCUAAAACCUGAGGAACAAGUGUACAGUGUCCAGCUGCUGCUCACCUUCAGCUACCAGCUCUUUCGAAUGUCCACAGUGGUGAUGCAGAGCCUGGCCUAUGUGCAGCAUUCUUCCUCUGUCCCUGGGGCCAAACUGUUCAUCAGCGGAGACCUGAGGCUGCAACAGAGGACACCUCUGCCUCACAGAGGACUGUACAACAUUUACAAUGUGUCAGUGAUUGAUGGCUCCAGUCCCUUUGCAAGUGCAUAUGACCUUGAUAAAAUAAUUGGGAGCUACCAGGAUAGAAACUUGACCACAGUACUGUCCUGUCCCGUGCCCGUCUGGACUGUGGGACGAGCUGCUGGUUCUCCCUUUCAGCUUAAUGCUGAGAUCCGUUACCCUCUGGAGAUCAUUAGCUAUCGUCCUGGCUUCUGGGAAACCAUCAAAUUUGCCUGGAUUCAGUACGUCAGUGUCCUCCUCAUCUUCCUCUGGGUCUUUGAGCGCAUACAGAGAUUUGUUUUCCAGAACCAGGUUCUAACCACAGUACCCAUACCAGUGGGAAAACCUCACCUCUCAUGAUGCAGUGGUACUGCUUUGACCUCCAGGUAUACGAGAACCACCAGGCUUUGUUUUUCACAGACAAUAUUACAUGCAUCUGUACUGACUGUGGUGUUUCAUUUUCAAAAUGGACCUUUAUCUCUUGAAGAUUUGUCUUUCUAGUUUGACCUCAUUACCUAACAUCAUGUUGACCAGUUAAACUCCCAAGAACUUGCUUUAUUCCUUUAAUAAUUUGCCUGUAUUUUUAUACAAACCUUCUGAGAGACGCAGAAAUUAAUUUAUAUUCGAACCCCUUCCUGGACAUUUUUCUACACAGGCCAUCGUCUACCGGAGCUCCAUGAGGGAAAAGUCUUAUACGUCAGUUUAAAGCAGUGAAAAUUUAGAGAAAAUAUAAAUAGGCUUUCUAUUUUUUACUGUUUGUAUAUUUCUGACAAUUUGUGACAGUAAUUAAAGAAAUUCUUUGUUGAUGCAUUCAUUUCUGUAUUGUACAGCUU